CACAUCCGCUGUCAUCCACACAAACGCGCGCACACACAGCGCCAGACGCGUUUGCAUUUAGCCAGCCUGCCACUUCCAGCGCUACUUUUCUUUUCAUGAGACGCACAAGAAGACCCGCUGGGCGUUACUUUAAAGGUUUUCUUGUUGUGCGGAGUUGACAAAAGUGUGACUUCACUUUUUCCUCGCUCUCUCCUCAGUGACAUCUUAUGUGACAACUUGUUUUUGGGGACUUUCUCAGUUCAACAAUCUCGGAGUUUAUUGGUGAAUGAACUGAUUCAUUGCAUAUCAAAUUUCCGAAGCGGGCAGUUGGAUUAAAACCAGUAUUUGAUGGACAAAAUGAAUACUUCUGGGAAGUAACUCCAAAGGAUUUAAAGAGAUAAUCCCAGUGCUGCUUCUCGUCUUGCGGAGUGAAGAUGAACUGGAGUGUGUGUGUGCCGCUGACUCUCCUGGUGCUGACACUUGCAGUGUCGAUGGGGCAGGCCUGUCCCAGGAGCUGCAACUGCUACCAGACCAACGAAGUCCACUGUACAUUUCGUUCCCUGCUCACCAUACCUUCUGGCUUGCCUCUACACACUCGCCGUAUAAAUUUAGGGUUCAACAGCAUCAACAGGAUCCAUAACAGUUCUCUGGCUGGGCUAAAGAAGGUGGAGCUCCUGAUGCUCCACAGCAAUGGCCUCCACCAUCUCCCAGAUGCAGCGUUCAGAGAUAUGAAAUCAUUACAGAUACUAAAGCUGAGUUAUAACAAGCUGAGAGAGAUCGCUUCAUCUCUGACCUUCUCUGGCCUGACCUCGCUGCUCCGUCUGUACUUGGAUCACAACCUCCUCCAGCACAUCCACCCCCGGGCACUGCUCCAGCUGACUAGCCUCAGGCUGCUGCGUCUGCAAGGGAACAGGCUGCAUCAGCUGCACCCUCACGCUCUGUGCACACUGUCCCUUCUGAAUACAUAUUACUUCUCUACCCUCAGACACCUGGACCUGUCCAACAACAGCCUAACCACUCUGCCCAGAGAGACUUUAGCGACAGCACCUCUGUUGGAGACUCUUGCGCUGCAGGCUAAUCCGUGGAGUUGUGACUGUAGGAUGACCUGGUUUCUCACUUGGAGUCUUUCUCAUCCAGGUUUAUUGAAAUGUCCCAGCGGCCCUCAGUGUCCAAUCUGUGCCUCGCCCAAUUCCCUUAAAGGUCAGGGCUUGCUUGACCAGACUGACCUAUCGUGCACCUCACCUGUUAUCCCCUCCCCAGGAAGAGACACAUCUUUGGAGACAGAACUUAGUGAAAUCCAAUCAAGUGAAUCCUUUAGAGAGCCUUUAGGCACUGCCUCUCUGGGUCUGUCUGACCAGCAGGGAAACAGUGUCAAUCUGGGAUGCAACAUCACUCACUCUUCUGAUUUCCACGAUAUUGCUCCCCCUCCAGAUCUCUCUCUUUCCUCCUCAUCUCCUCUCCCCCUUGCUCUGUCACUCUCCCUGGAGUGCCCUGUGGAGAAACAGAGCUAUGAAAAUCUUUGGAAGAUUCUUGCUUACUACAGUGAGACUGCGGUUCGCCUAGAGAGGGAGAUCAUGCUGAGUAAAGCCCCGGCAUUGGCCUACCGCUACAGGCAGGCAGAAGAGACAGAUGGAUAUUAUCACACUGGAGUCAAAGCUUCUGUUAAAGCCAAACCACAGUGGCUGCUACAGCCAGCCAUUAGCAUUCAGCUAAACAGAGCACAGUCUAACGGACACAAAGUCCAACUUAUAUACUCAACAAGAGUCACUGCUCAUCCGGACCCUGCUUCUCUUACCUCAACGUCAGCCCCUCCCUCUCAGCCAUGGGUGCUUAUUUCAACUAAUCAUACCACCACGGCCCUGGCGGCACUAGCAGGCAGUAAGGUGGAGCUAUCAUGCCCUCUUUUAAGUUCUGGUAACCCCAAAGUACAGUGGGUUCUCCCAGAUGGUUCCAUGCUGAUCUCCCCCUCCAUCAGCCUAGAUGGUAGGCUCCAGGCUUCAACCUCUGGAUUACUUCUACACAAAGUACAGCUCUCAGAUGCAGGGAUUUACCACUGCAUAGCCAGGGCAGGCAGCGAUGUAGAUGUUCUCCCCCUGCACCUGGCAGUGGAGGAGUCCUCUGUACCGCCUUUAGGUGAGCAAGUGGGACCUCCUGUCACCGGAAACAUUGGGGAGCCCAUCAGUCUGUCCUGCAAGGCAUCUGGUUCACCAGCAUCUCAUAUGAGUUGGGUGUUACCAGAUGGAAACAUAGUAAGGCGGGGAUUCGCUGUAUCAGGUGGGCUCACUAUACAAUCAAAUGGAAGUCUGUCUCUGUCUGACCCGUCUCAGAGGGAUGCUGGCUAUUACCGCUGCAUUGCUGUCAACCAGUAUGGUAGCGAUUCUCUGUCCAUGCAACUGGAGUUAAACUCACGACACCUCCCUCCACUUAGGACUUCAUUUCCCACAGGGCCACAGUCAGCCGCUGGCAGGUCAACCAAGAUACGAGCUCCAUUGCUAGUGGAGGAAGGAUCAGGGGAUGAAAAGGAAGAAGAAGAGAGCACUCUUUUUGGUAAUAGGAAGCACCCAAGACCUAUCCAACCUCCCCCAAACAGACGUUAUCCCACCGGAAAACCUAGAAGACCCGGACCAAGGAGAGAAGGCCCCCUGAGAAGAGGAGGAGGGCCUUUAUCAUCCAAUGACCAGAAAAGAAACCGCUUUGAGAACAGACAUAGAGUUACCACAAACAAACAAAGGAUAGACCCUCAGAAAUGGGCUGACCUCCUGGCUAAGAUACGACAAAAGACUGUUCACACUAAUAACAGCCAGCCCAUCGAAGCAGGAAAGCCCACAGCUAAACCACAGGGAGGAGGCAAAGAUGGAGACAGAGGAAAACAUGACGGACAUCAUGAUACAGAAAGCGGUAGAGCUGUGGGAGCAGGGGUGGAAGCAGAAACUGAAGGGUCAUCUGUUGAUGACACUGAUCUACAAGAGGAAAGCUUACAGCACAAUCGUUCCGUUCAAACAGAAAUACUAACACACACAGAGACAAAUACAGACACUGAAACAGAGACAGAGAUAAAUAAAGUGACAGAGGCGUUAACAGAAAUACAGACAGAUAGUGAGAACGAGACAGAGACAGAGAACGCAUCUCCACAGAAAGAGAAAGUGAGAAACCCAGAGACACAGAAAGAACCAGUCACAUCUAAGCCAAACUCAGGAACAAAUGAAAUUGUCUUAGAACCAGGAGAAGGAGGUGAGCCAGAAGCAAACACCAACCCAUCUAGGACCAGGCCUCAAAGCCCCCGGCAGGGACUCUUCCCUAAUUUGGUACCAAACUCUCGGCCUCAAAGCCCUUGGAAUUCUCGCAGAAGAAUCGGACAGCAAAGACGAAUCAUCAACAGGCCCAGGGGACGCCCUUUGACCCCACCCCGACCUUUCUCUGAUGCUACGAACCCAGGGUCACAACCUGCAACACCUGACACUACCACGGACGAAAUUAAUUUGUUGUUGCUGGCGGCAACAACCACAUCUCCAGCUAUUUCGUUGACACGGAGCGACCAUAUUUCAACUGCUCCAAAUGAUGUGGCACUGCAUCUUCCGUCUCCCCCUGUUUCUAACACUCAUGGUAACUCCACUUCAGAAUCUGCCUCCCCCUCAUUGACUCCAUCUUCCUCCACUCCAACCUCAUUAUCCCCCUCUCACACAAAGAUACAUAUAGACAUGGUGACUCACUCAGCCAACAUCCCAGACACUGCAGGGUCCACUCUUUUCAACACACCGACAACAGAACCCACUCACUCGGAUACUGCAAUCGCACAGACACAUAAGCCGCACACACGAACCAGGACACAUACACAUGGCAUACAGAGUCACACAAAAACACGCACAGCCUUAGGCAAACAUGUUGAUAGACCCCAAAGCAAACAUAGUGAAGAGCUGUGGAUGAAUUUUUCGGGUGUACCAUAUGAAUCCCACUCCUCCGCCUCUCUCCUACCCACUUCUUCCUCCAUUAUUUCCUCUACAGUCCCCAGCGCAACAACUACUGCAAAAAUCACAACAACCCCUAUUACUCAAAAGAGCCCUCAUGCUACUAGUUCUGAUGGAAGCACUGCAAGUCCAUCUACUACUACAGCUAGUGAACACACAUUUCUCACAACUACGAAUACUCCUAUGACUAUAAGUCCCAUCAUGCCUACUACAACUGCCAUUAUUAUCCCAUCAACCAGCACUACCAGAAGUACUACAGCUACUCCUACUCCUACGUCUACUACUACUACCACAACUCCUUUUCUUACAUCUACUAGUCCCACUUCCACUACUACUUCCUCAACUAGACCUUCUACUACUUAUUUUACUACUACUACCUCUACGAGUACUACAAUCUCAUUCAAAGUUAUUCCCACAACUCGUAACCCCACUACCAGUACUACCACUACCACUACUACUAAAACUACUUCUCCUACGAGUAGUACUAGAUCUGCCAUCUCAGCCAAAACUUCUCCAACUACUGCAAAUUCAGUUGUACCCAGAACAUCACCUACUACUACAACAACAACAACAACAAUAAUGAAAUCAACCAGUAGCACAGCAUCAUCCAGAGAGAGGCCGAGUGUUGUACAUGUUGAUCCCAGAAGCAGGCCUGUUUCUGGGAGUCCAAACCAAAGUCGACCCUCUACUGAGUGGAAGAACCCUGCGACCAAUUCUAUUCCUGAUUCACACAGCAGCAGGCCACACUGGCUCCCCUCACCCUCGCUCCCUGUCGCCCCUGUGGCCCCAGUAGUGAGAUCCAGACCGAGGAUUGCAGACCCACACAUCAGGACAGUGUCGUUCCCAGCAGAGAGCACUGCCAGGCUGGCUUGUGAGGCUCAAGGAGAGCCAAAGCCCUCCAUCACAUGGACUAAGGUCGCCACAGGAGCGGUGAUAUCAAUCCACUCCAGGGCUCAGCGUUUUGAGGUCUUGCCAAAUGGCACCCUUGUUAUCCAGAAUAUUCAGCCGCAGGACAGGGGCACAUAUAUCUGCAGUGCACACAGCUUUAUUGGUCGUGACAGAUUGCUAACCACCCUGGAAGUGUGGACCCGCCCCCCUCGGAUGCAGCUGGCCAGCUACAGAGAAGCUACCACUCAUCAGGGUGGAGAGGUGCACUUGGAGUGCCAGGCGGAUGGCGUUCCCAGCCCCCUGCUCUCUUGGGUUCUUCCUGAUCGUUCUGUCUUGACCGCCACUGCUCCCUCCACCAGUCGCAUCACUAUGGACAAAAAUGGAACCCUCCACAUCUCAGUAACUUUACCUAGUGACAGAGGAGUGUAUCGCUGCGUGGCCUCGAACUCAGCAGGUGCUGCCAGUGCCUCUGCUCGUGUACACGUGUCCUCGUUGCCCCCAGUGAUACAGCAACCCAGAGAGGAACACCUGCUCUUGUUUCCAGGGAGGCCUGUUUAUGCUCACUGCUCGGCCCGAGGUGCCCCGCCACCAACUCUGCGCUGGCGAAUCCCAGAUGGGACUCUAGUUCGCCCAUCCCAGUUUCUUCAUGGCAACCUUUUUGUCUUGCCCAAUGGGACACUGCAUAUUCGAGGAGUUGGGCCAAAGGACUCAGGGAAUUACGAGUGCACAGCAAGUAAUGCUGUUGGGGCUGAUAAGAGAACAGUGAGGGUAGAAAUUGAAGGUGGAGCAGAAGGAGAAAGCAGACACAUUGGAGCAAGAAGUAAAGGGGAAAAAGCAGUUGCUACUGAAAACAAAUCUCCUUCAACUUCACUUCAUAAAGACAGAACUUUGUCCAUGCCCAGCCACCCAUCAAAUCCAUUCAACUCCACUAGACUCUCCCAUCCAUCGCCCUUUGAAAGAGCCAGGACCAUGCCGCUCACCCCCAGUUCUUCUGGCUCAUCUUCUUACCCUCACCAACCCAAUUCCUCUAACUCAUCUCCUAAAAUCAAUAAAACAGAGACUGCCUCCCCCACAUACUUGACCAACGCCAACAAAACAAAACUCUCCUCUCUCUCCCCACCCUCCACUGUGCCUACAAAUAACACCAAAGUGUCGCCCGGCAUUGUAAACAACACAAGAAUUACUUCCUCUUCCUCCUCUGACAAAAUCAGAGCCUCUGCUGCUUUGCAUCCCUCGCCUGUCUCCCCCUUCAGUAAGGCCCAGAUUGUCUCCACAUCACCCUCCAUUACUGCUGUCCACUAUGGUUUUUUUUUGCAGCUCCACUGCUCUGUAACUGGCAACCCAUCACCCAUUAUCGUUUGGAGGACCCCGAACAGGAAACUGGUGGACAUGCACUUCAGUUUUGACCGUCGUCUGAAGGUAAACACUAAUGGCACCCUGUCAGUCCAGAGAGUAACAGAGAAAGAUGCCGGAGACUACCUCUGUAUUGCGCGGAACAAGGUCUCAGAUGAUUAUCGUCUCCUGCGUGUCUCUGUGGUUACCAAGCCUGCCAAGAUCGAGCCAAAGCAGCCACUCACUCAUAUGGUGUCAUUGGGCAAGCCACUGAAGGUGGACUGCCAGGCAUCAGGACUACCUCACCCGGCAGUCCGUUGGAGCCUACCGGAUGGAACCAUGGUGAACAGCGUGUUGCAGGGGGAAGACAGAGGCGGGCGAGCACAGAGGUUAACUGUGUUUGUCAAUGGGACGUUGCUGGUUCCAGCAGUAGGUAUGGGAGAAGAGGGAGACUACACGUGUUAUGCUGAGAAUCAAGGAGGUCAAGACACCAUGAAGGUCAAAGUAAAGAUCAUGAUGGCAUCGCCACCAAAUUUCUCUGAUGACAGAAGCCGCCACGUCAUCAAAGUACGUCAGGGGGCCACCGCCAAAAUUCGCUGCCAGGCCUCAGGAGUUCCUGCCCCGACAGUGACAUGGUUUUCCCCAACAGGCCGUGUCAUCCCACGAAGUUUGGGAUCUGGUUUGUAUACUGAGCGGGUUGUGGCCAUUUCAGAUGGAAGUCUGGAGGUUCGUCUGGCUCAAAAGAUAGACACGGGAAACUAUACAUGUCGAGCAAGCAGCCCAGCCGGGGAGAACAGCAUGGUGGUGGGCUUGGAUGUGGAGGCUCCUUACCAUGGACUGAGUGGCCCGGACAGAGGAAGGGGUUGGAGUACUAGCAAUGGGCCUGGCAGUGGUCCUUACAGUAGAUCAAGGGACAGCAUUAACAAUGCAGGGAUAAACCAGUAUGGAUUUACCAAUGCAGACACAAGCAAGCUUGGCAGCAAAAACAGCAGCAACAAUGGCUAUACUGAUCAUAAUGGCAGAAUAAGAAGCAUUGUUCCAAACACUAGCACUAGCAUAGCAACCAGCGGCUUUAAUCCGGCUUUUAGGAGUGGUAGUCGAGUUGGAUUAAACAGGCCAGACAGUGGAAUCACAACACAACUUGGAAGCAGUGUUAUCAGUGUUGGGGUGAGCGUGGCUAGGAAUAUAGAUAUUAAACCAGAUAACAUUGGAAUAAAUCAAAAUGGACCCAGUGUUAUGAGUAAUAGUAAUAGUGUGGGUAAUAGUCACAGCACAGUUAGAGGAGAUAGUGUAGAAAGGACUUAUAAUAAUGAAGUCAUUGCAGGAAAGGCUGUUGAUGAUGCUAACACCAGUAGAAACAAUGGCAGGAUAAGUGGUACUUCUACAAAUGUUGGAGUUUUUAGCAGCAGUGUGUCUAAUAAUGCAGCUGGUAGUGGCACACUCAGAGGAAAUGUGUUCAGUAGGAGUAGCAGCAGUAGUAGUACCAGUAUAGCUGCUAGUAAUUCAGGUUCUAAAAACUCUACUAACGCAAUUGUGGGUGUGGUAACGACAGUGAAGCAGCGAGUGGUAAAAGGCCAAACUGUUCUUUUGCCAUGUCCCUCCCAAGGCUCCCCUCCCCCUCGUCUGGCCUGGCUUCUGCCUGGUAACGGUGUGUUGCCAGCUCCUUACUAUGGCAGCCGAUACGUUGUGCACCGAAAUGGCUCCUUGGAGCUGCGAGGAGUGCGGGCAAGUGAUCGAGGGACCUUUGCAUGUGUGGUUAGAGGUGAGAGAGAACAGACGCGGAUACAGGUGGAGCUGGAGGUCUCUGAGCCACAGAACAAGGCCAGAUCUCCGCACAGGGGAGUGGUUGUGGAAAGGCCUGCGCAGGAAAGUCGUUUAAUCGAGGCGCCUCGCUCAGGGGCCUCAUUGCAUUCAGCUCAAUCCUUAAACUCAAAGCCAGUGUUGCCUGAGACGCUUCAUCCAAGAAUCCCAGUUACUCAAACGCCUCUACACAGAGCCCAGUCUUUACCUGCUGUACCUCGUCCAGUUGGGCCUCCACCCCGCUCAGCUAGCCCUGUCUCAGAGCCAGCAGUGAGCACCAGAACAGCUCCCUUGGUGAGCAUCAUUAACGGAGAGACCCUUCGCCUGUCUUGCUCCGCUUCUCACACCCAGGGCGCUCUCUCGUGGACCCUGCCCAGUGGCAAGGUACUGUCUCUGGGUGAGAGUGGUGACUCUGACAGAUACCUAGUCCAAGAGGAUGGAACACUAACAGUGCAACAGGCCUCUGUGUUCGACCGUGGCAGCUACACCUGCAGAUCCACCAGUGUCGACUCCUCCUCAGUUUCAGUCGUCACGGUUGCCGUCAUCGUCAUCGCCUACCCCCCACGCAUCACAGCAGGCCCCUCCCCUGUGACCUACACGCGGCCCGGGGUUGCUGUGGAGCUGCCCUGCCAGACGAUAGCAACACCUCGGGCAGCGAUCACGUGGGAAACACCAGACCUGACACAGCUGAGGGUGAUGGGUCAGGCUCGGAUCUAUGGCAACCGCUACCUUAGUCCUCAGGGUUCCUUGGUGAUACAAAACCCGACAAGUAGGGAUACAGGAUUUUACAGAUGCACCGCCAAAAAUGUAAUCGGUGUAGACACCCAGGUGACCUAUCUCCAUGUUAUAUAACACGGUGAAGCAAACGCACGCACGAACAUGCAGCACGAAGACAGAGACACCACCAGUCUUUUGAACUGGUGAAUGAACUCUUCUGCUGUUAACACUGUAUGUGUCCCACAUGCCCAAAGGAACUGCAAGGCUCCGUGCAGGAGAUACUGUUAAAUCUCAGAAAAGACACUACUUAUAAAUUGGUAUAUGUCUUAUGUACGUAUUUUUAAUGUAUGACUUUGUUUUCAAUACUGUAUUAUUUUUAUAUCAAGAACGCAGCAUCACGCAUGUAUGUCUGCAUAAACAAAUAAUGUGUGUUUGAGGACGGUUUGUUUCAUGUAGCUGGAGGUACACUUUUACUUGUUGUGCUUUGUUUAUUUAAACGUAGGUAUUGCUGAACUAAAGAACAAACGUGUUGGUAAUGCUGAAAGACAAACAUGCUUUACUUUGUCAGGUUGCUUUAUUUCAUUACUUUACACAUUCAUCCACUAACACUGAACUACAGCAUGUCAUACAGUAUUAUACUGACUUGGUCACAUAAUAUAAUCCAUAAUAUAAUCAGUUUAAUCUUGGUCGGCCAAAUAUUACAUUGUUUCAAAUGUUGCAAAUUGGGACUUCAUUCACCAAAAUACAACUUGGAUUUAAAAUUGCAGCUCGAUAUUUACUGUAUUAACUAUUGAAACACUUUUUGAGUUAAAAACUAAGUAAAUGAUAAACUACAUUGUGGAAAAAGUGGGAGUUUAUUGUAGUGCAAAAACAGUAACAUAUAUUGGCAGCCUUAUUUGCAUUAUACUGCCUACACAUGAAGCACAACAGACAUAAAGAUGGAGGGCUCUAGCAUUACAAUCCACCCAAACACCAGCUUCUCCGGGACUUUUUGAACCCAACUCAUCUCGUGACUUAUAUGUGGGUGUCAAACUGACAAAUAUUGUUCUUCAAAAAUCAAGUGUAUCUCACAUUCAGCCACAGUAAUGCUGUGAGAAUGUGAAAAUGUAAGAAUGUACAAAGCAUUCAUGUCAACACAACAGUCAGUUCUUUGAAGAUUGAUCUUUGUGAUUAUUUAGAUAUUAAAAAUUGCAUAAAUGUAUGUGUGGAGCCUGCCCAAAGUGUGUGCACAAAGCCAGCAGCUCAUAGUUAGCAUGUUUCCUCUCCUCUUUGAAGUUUUGAUUUUGUCCUUAAAUUAUUUGUCUUGUAAAGACUCUGUUGUAAGACGCCAGUGUUUUGUCACAAAGGGAGAAAUUGACAUUUUUGAUGUCUGACUAGUUACGAUAAAUUUGUGCUGUAUUUUGAA